AGCAUGUCGGUGCUAGCUCUGCAAGAGUAUGAGUUCGAGAGACAGUUUAAUGAAGAGGAAGCCAUCCGAUGGAUGCAGGAGAACUGGUGGAACUGAUGACCAUUGAUGGAUGAUCUCUGUUAAGCAGCGACUGUCAGUCAAGAAAACUAUUCAUACCUCAAAGGGAUGAAUGGAGGCUGGUUCACUGAUCUGGUGUGGUCUCAGCAGACUGGCAGCAUUGUGAAGCAAGGAAAAUCAGGCAACUGGUUGUUAAGAAGAUUAGGAAGAGGAAGGAGUGGACAAUGGAGCCAGAUGCUGUCUUUCACUGACAACGUCUGAAUCAUCUGCUUUCCCUCCUAUAAUGAGCAGUAUGAAAGUACCAUAAAUUCAUGAAGAGGAAGAAGUCUUUUCUUUUCUCUGCCCUCUACGCUGCCUGUAUCCUCGGGGGUCGCCAUGUCAUGAAACAGAGGGAGAAGUUUGAGCUGAGGAAACCACUGGUGCUGUGGUCACUCACCCUCGCUGUAUUCAGUAUAUUUGGCGCCAUCCGCACUGGAAGUUACAUGAUGUACAUCCUGAUGACGAAAGGGCUUCAACAGUCAGUGUGUGACCAGAGCUUCUACAACGGACCUGUCAGCAAGUUCUGGGCUUACGCCUUUGUACUUAGUAAAGCUCCAGAACUUGGUGACACGCUCUUCAUUGUUCUGAGGAAGCAGAAGCUCAUCUUCCUCCACUGGUACCACCACAUCACCGUGCUGCUCUAUUCCUGGUACUCCUACAAAGACAUGGUGGCUGGCGGCGGAUGGUUCAUGACCAUGAACUACUUGGUCCAUGCCGUCAUGUACUCGUAUUAUGCCUUGCGGGCAGCUGGCUUCAAGGUGUCACGCAAGUUUGCAAUGUUCAUCACACUGACCCAGAUUACCCAGAUGCUGAUGGGUUGUGUGGUCAACUACCUGGUGUACUCGUGGAUGCAGCAGGGCCAGGAGUGUCCAUCCCACAUGCAGAACAUUGUCUGGUCCUCCCUCAUGUACCUCAGCUACUUUGUGCUCUUUGUCCAGUUCUUCUUCGAGGCCUACAUUGGCAAGUCCAAAUCAUUGGCUACAGCCAUCACCAAGAAGAGCAAGUAAAAAAAGAAAACAUAAGCAUGGAUAAAGGGAGAUAAUGAAGAAAAAGGGAGUUGGAAAUGAAGAGCAGGGAUCAGUGACUAGGCAGAAAGAGAGUGAGGGGAUGAAUGGGUUUGGAUGGUGGAGAGGUGGCAUAGAGCCUGGAAGGGGUGGGGGUGGAAGGGUCAAGAAGACGGCAGGGCUCUGUGCUUGAGCAUUACUAAUAAUCUGCAGAUCUACAAAGCCUCAUUGGAGGUGACAUCCCUGUUGAGGGAUGCUGAGGAAGCGGUGUUGCCAUGACCUGAAGCCAUCGUGAGUUGUCCAUCUGAUGUCUGAAAGCCCCUUUUUAAGCUCAUUAUGUCCUUAAAUUGCAUAUAAAACCUAAAAGACAAUAUGACCAGAUUAAAACAAUACAUCUGCCAUAAGCAUAUAAAUUUAAAAAAA